CUUGGAACUCGGAGCUCCAGCAAAGCGAUUCAUUCCACCACCAACGAUGUCCACCGCGCCUUGAAAAUAAACACCCACCGAACUCAAGCGCAAAAUAAAACACAAAUACAGGCCACUCCAUACAUCCUACACACCGAGCGAGCGACCCACCGAUAACAUCACUCUCCCCCCAGGCGGCGUGGCGACAAAGCCAAGCCCGCCCACCAUGGCGCCCACCAGCGUCUCCAAGACGGUGGAGCAGAUGCUCUCGCACGCGGCGCCGCACUACAGCUUCUCCUUCACGCCCUUCCUGCAGCAGACGUACCAGCACAGCCUGCCGCCCGACCGGCCCAUCUGCCGCGUGUACGCGACGGGCGGCAACUGCGCCAACGGCACGCGCUGCCUGGAGCGCCACGUCGCCGACCCCUCCCUCCCCGACAACCUUACGGGCGGCGGCGGCGGCGGCGGACGCGGCAAGCGGGGCGACGGCCCGGCCUUCAACAGCAUGGUCUGCAAGCACUGGCUCCGCGGCCUGUGCAAGAAGGGCGACAGCUGCGAGUUCCUGCACGAGUACAACCUGCGCAAGAUGCCCGAGUGCAACUUCUACCUCCGCCACGGCUUCUGCCAGAACGGCGAGGAGUGCAUGUACCUCCACAUCGACCCGCAGUCCAAGCUGCCCCCUUGUCCGCACUACGACCAGGGCUUCUGCCCGCUGGGGCCGAGGUGCGCAAAGAAGCACGUGAGGCGCCAGCUGUGCCCUUACUACCUCUGCGGCUUCUGCCCGGAUGGGAGGGCGUGCAGGCAGGGUGCGCACCCGCGCUGGGACCCCAAGAUGGAGAAGCCCACCGUCAGGGUCGAGAGGCCGCCCGUCGCCGCGCCCGCAGGGCUCGAGGAUGAGGCCGGGCAGGGGGGACACAGGAGGGACGGCGGCGGCCACUUUGACGACGACGACGAUAGGGACGGCGGCGGCAGGGACCGGGACCGCAUGAAGCGGGGUGGCUACGGCGGCCCCAGGGACAAGUUUGGUGGCGGCGGCGGCGGGCGCGGCGGUGGUGGAGGCGGCAGGUGGGGAGGUCGCGGAGGAGGAGGGCACAAGUUCAGAGGACGGAAUUUUUAGCUGGACAGGAUACCUGCUACGAUUGCGGCCCUUCGUAUCCGUCAGUUUCUUCCCUUAUUGUACCUCUACUCGGCAUCGGUUUGUCGUCAGGCGUUUAUACCACGAGCUAUCCGUUUCAAAGGCUGCGGCUGUUCCAGCGUGGCCUAGUAAUCUGGCAUACACUGCAAAUAAUGUUGCUAAAACUGACGACGAAAGUCAUCCGAAAGAAAGAAAAAUGGAUAUCGGCACCUUGACAGAAGGUGGUCACUUUUGUUUCUAUGUACUGAUUACAAAAGCGUCGUGAUGUUUAUGAAAUUCAUAUGAGAGGGG